AUGUAUCGGCAGGUCAGGUGGUCUGGGGGAAAAAAACUCCUGGCCCUAGUUAUGGCAAGACAGGGCAGGGAUGGCUGGGGGGUUAGUCUGGGUGGGUACCUACUUCUCCCUGCCCUGUCUGUACCCUGACUGUCCUGUCCUAGCUUCUCCCUCCCUGCCCAGGCUGUGUCCGCCCAGCAGGCCUCACUUCCUUAUUAUGUCAACUCUGCUGCUGCCCUGUGGCCUCCCUGCAUUGUUGGAGUGUGUGUGUGGGGGGGGGGGUCUGUUAUUUGUGGUGGUUUGCCUUCUCUUAUGUGGCAUAGAUGAGCCCAGAAACAGGGUUUCCUAACCUAGUGGGAACUUCCCCUGACUUCACAUAACCCCUCAGGGAGUUGCUUUGGGUUCCCCUAUCCUAGUGUAGGUCCUGUUGAAGUCCUGUGUUUAUUAUGCAUAGAGGUAGGCAGACACAUGCUCUCCCUCACUCUCUUAUAAGCUCUCAUAAAAUGACAUUGUAGGUUAUAGGUGGACAUACGCUUGUGUGUCCUGUAAAUCAGGUGUGUGUCAGUCAUUCAUUGUCAGAUAUUCAGUCAUAUCCUGAGAGUUGAGGUGGGUGUGUCCUGCCCAUACAGGCAGGAGUGUGCUGUCAGAUACCAAUGACAGAACAACAGACUGACUGUGUCAACACUGUCCAUUGUGCUCCAGCCACUACCUCAUACCUUUAGGGUUGCUCAUCAGCAUGUGGCAUUGUGUUCGCAAGUGUGUGUAUGUGUGUGUGAGGCUCAAAUCAUUUAUCGUAUAAUACAGCGACUUCUGUAGGACAUCGAUACAGUGUCUAGCAAACAUGAAACAACACAUUGAUUCACAAGCUAAUCAUUCAAUUAAUAGGGAACUGUUAUCAACCUUGGCGUGCAAGAGCAACUCCCAACAUUGACCACAAGUUUUUACAGCAAUUCUGUACAUAAUGUUUCUGCCACCGUCUGUUAUGACCAUAAAGAGCUUCUGGAUAUCAGGACAGCGAUUACUCACAGACGCGAAGGAUAUCCUACAGACACCCGACAAGGCCCAAAUCCCUGUCAUUCGCAUGAGAAAGAGACGGAGAUAUCGUGGACGUAGGUUGGGGUGCCUUGUAAGGAUCCAACGGCGAGCAAGUAAACUGCCUCUUCCAUCAAUCCUAUUAGCCAAUGUUCAAUCAUUUGAAAAUAAGGUAGACGACCUAAGAUUACGGUUAUCCUACCAACAGGACAUUAAAAACUGUAAUAUCUUAUGUUUCACCGAGUCGUGGCUGAACGACGACAUUAAUAACAUACAGCUGGCGGGAUAUACGCUACAUCGUCAGGAUAAAACGGCUGACUCCGGUAAGACAAGGGGUGGCGAUCUGUGUAUAUUUGUAAACAACAGCUGGUGCAAAAAAUCUAAUACUAAGGAAGUCUCAAGGUUUUACUCGCCUGAGGUAGAGUAUCUCAUGAUAAGCUGUAGACCACACUAUUUACCAAGAGUUUUCUUCUAUAUUUUUCGUAGCUGUCUAUAUACCACCACAAACCAAUGCUGGCACUAAGACUGCACUCAAUGAGCUGUAUAAGGCCAUAAGUAAACAGGAAAACGCUCAUCCAGAGGCAGCGCUCCUAGUGGCCGGGGACUUUAAUGCAGGGAAACUUAAAUCCGUUCUACCUAAUUUCUACCAGCAUGUUAAAUGUGCAACCACAGGAAAAAAAACUCUAGACCACCUUUACUCCACACACAGAGACGCAUACAAAGCUCUCCCUCACCCUCCAUUUGGCAAAUUUGACCAUAACUAUCCUCCUGAUUCCUGCUUAUAAGCAAAAACUAAAGCAGGAAGCACCAGUGACUCGGUUAAUAAAAAAGUGUUCAGAUGACGCAGAUGCUAAGCUACAGGACUGUUUUGCUAGCACAGACUGGAAUAUGUUCUGGGAUUCUUCAGAUAGCAUUGAGGAGUACGCCACAUCAAUCACUGGCUUCAUCAAUAAGUGCAUCGAUGACGUCGUCCCCACAGUGACCAUACCCCAACCAGAAGCCAUGGAUUACAGGCAACAUCCGCACUGAGCUAAAGGCUAGAGCUGCCGCUUUCAAGGAGCGGGACUCUAACCCGGAAGCUUAUAAGAAAUCCCGCUAUGCCCUCCGACGAACCAUCAAACAGGCAAAGAGUCAAUACAGGACUAAGAUUGAAUUGUACUACAUCGGCUCUGACGCUCGUCGGAUGUGGCAGGCCUUGAAAACUAUUACAGACUACAAAGGGAAGCACAGCCGCAAGCUGCCCAGUGACACAAGCCUACCAGACGAGCUAAAUCACUUCUAUGCUCGCUUCGAGGCAAGCAACACUGAUGACUGUGAUCACGCUCUCCAUAGCCGAUGUGAGUAAUACUUUUAAGCAGGUCAACAUUCACAAGGCCGCAGGGCCAGACGGAUUACCAGGACGUCUACUCCGAGCAUGUGCUGACCAACUGGCAAGUGUCUUCACUGACAUUUUCAACAUGUCCCUGACUGAGUCUGUAAUACCAACAUGUUUCAAGCAGACCACCAUAGUCCCUGUGCAGAAGGACACUAAGAUAACCUGCCUAAAUGACUACCGACCCGUAGCACUCACGUCUGUAGCCAUGAAGUGCUUUGAAAGGCUGGUCAUGCCUCACAUCAACACCAUUAUCCCAGAAACCCUAGACCCACUCCAAAUUGCAUACCGCCCCAACAGAUCCACAGAUUAUGCAAUCUCUAUUGCACUCCACACUGCCCUUUCCCACCUAGACAAGAGGAACACCUACGUGAGAAUGCUAUUCAUUGACUACAGCUCAGCGUUCAACACCAUAGUGCCCUCAAAGCUCAUCACUAAACUAAGGAUCCUGGGACUAAACACCUCCCUCUGCAACUGGAUCCUGGAAUUCCUGACAGGCUGCCCCCAGGUGGUAAGGGUAAGUAACAACACAUCUGCCAUGCUGAUCCUCAACACGGGGGCCCCUCAGGGGUGCGUGCUCAGUCCCCUCCUGUACUCCCUGUUCACCCAUGACUGGAUGGCCAGGCACGACUCCAAAACCUUCAUUAAGUUUGCAGACGACACAACAGUGGUGAAACAGCCUAUAGGGAGGAGGUCAGAGACCUGGCCGUGUGGUGCCAGGAUAACAACCUCUCCCUCAACGUGAUCAAGACAAAGGAGAUGAUUGUGGACUACAGGGAAAAAAAGAGGACUGAGCACGCCCCCAUUCUCAUCGACAGGGCUGUAGUGGAACAGGUUGAGAGCUUCAAGUUCCUUGGUGUCCACAUCACCAACGAACUAUCAUGGUCCAAACACACCAAGACAGUCGUGAAGAGGGCACGACAAAGCCUAUUCCCCCUCAGGAGACUGAAAACAUUUGGCAUGGGUCCUCAGAUCCUCAAAAAGUUAUACAGCUGCACCAUCGAGAGCAUCCUGACUUGUUGCAUCACCGCCUGGUAUGGCAACUGCUCGGCCUCUGACCGCAAGGCACUACAGAGGGUAGUGCGUACGGCCCAGUACAUCACUGGGGCCAAGCUUCCUGCUAUCCAGGACCUCUAUACCAGGCGGUGUCAGAGGAAGGCCCUCAAAAUUGUAAAAGACUCCAGCCACCCUAGUCAUAGACUGUUCUCUCUGCUACCGCACGGCAAGCGGUACCGGAGCGCCAAGUCUAGGUCCAAAAGGCUUCUCAACAGCUUCUACCCCCAAGCCAUAAGACUCCUGAACAGCUAAUCAUGGCUACCCGGACAAUUUGCACUGCCCCCCCACCCCCACCCCGUCCCCCUUUUUUACUCUGCUGCUACUCUGUUUAUUAUUUAUGCAUAGUCACUUUAACUCUACCCACAUGUACAUAUUACCGCAAUUACCUCAACUAGCCGGUGCCCCAGCACAUUGACUCUGCACCGGUACCCCCCUGUAUAUAGCCUCCCUACUGUUAUAUUAUUUUACUGCUGCUCUUUAGUUAUUUGCUUUAAUUUUUUUUGCUUAACACUUUUUUUUAUUUGUUUUACUUUGCAUUGUUGGUUAAGGGCUUGUAAGUAAGUAUUUCACUGUAAUGUCUACACCUGUUUUAUUCGGCGCAUGUGGCAAAUACAAUUUGAUUUGAUUUUAAGUUAAAUAGUAGAUCAGAAACAAAACAUUACUUAGGGCCUAGGAGAGGAUUAUCCUACCCAGCAAACCGGAACAUUCCCAGAACAUUAGCUAAGAUUUCCAUGAAGUUGUAGUUAGGGUUUUAUCUAAUGUUAGGAUGAUAGCAAAAUCAUUUUUUCCCCCAUAGCAAAAUCAUUUUUUCCCCCAUGUCUUAAAUUAAAUAUCCUUAGAAUGGUCUCCUAACAUUCACUAAAAUGUUGUGCACAACAUCUGUAACAACGACUACAGAACAUUCCCAAAAGUUCUCAUUAGGUUUCCAGGUAAUGUAAUAACACAAUGUACCAGUAAUGUUUUUCCAGCAAACCAAAAUUGGUUCUGUGAAAGUUCCCAGAACAUUUGUUAGGUUGUGUCAAAUGUUCUCAUAACACAGAUACUUUCUAGUCGUGCUGAUGAUUAUACAAUGUUUGUAUAAAAUAUUUGCCUCAUGUUGCAAGAAAAUAGGUACAAAUUUGCAUGCUGAGAAUGUGUGAUGAGUGUGAUGAAAGGAGUCAGGCGCAGGAGCCUCGGUCUGGCUCUGGUGCCACAGUGCCAGAACCGGUUGGUAACCUAAAACACAUUGGAAUGGUGUUAGGUUAGUAGAGGAGUGGCGCAGAGAGUUCUGGGCAUAUUCUGCCUAUGACAAGAACACCGACCACUCCCCCGGCCAGUCCUGGCAGUAGGACCGCAGGAACCUACCCAUAUCCUGAUUUACCCGUUCCACCUGCCCAUUUGACUCGGGGUGGAACCCAGAGGUCAGGCUGACCGAGACCCCCAGAUGUUCCAUGAACACCUUCCAAACCUUGGACGUGAACUGGGAACCUCGGUCGGACACUAUAUCCUCUGGCACCCCGUAGUGCUGGAAGACGUGAGUAAACAGGGCCUCCGCAGUCUGCAGGGCCGUGGGGAGACCGGGCAGAGGAAGGAGGCGGCAGGACUUGGAGAAGCGGUCCACAACGACCAGGAUGGUGGUGUUACCAUGGGAGAGGGGAAGAUCAGUUAAAAAAUCUAUACUAAGGUGAGACCAUGGGAGUUGUGGAACUGAUAAAGGUUGUAGCUUACCCGCUGGGAGGUGCCUAGGUGCCUUACUCUGGGAGCACACCGAGCAGGAGGAGACGUACACCCUCACGUCCUUAGCCAAGGUAGGCCACCAGUACUUUCCGAUCAAGCAGCGCACUGUACGACCGAUACCUGGGUGACCAGAGGAGGGUGACAUGUGUGCCCAGAAGAUCAGACGAUCACGGAUAAGAGCAGGCAUAUACCGCAGCCCAGCUGGACACUGCGGUGGAGAUGGAUCUGUGCGUAAUGCCUGCUCUAUAUCCGCGUCCAUCGCCCAUACUACCGGCGCCACAAUGCAGGAGGCUGGGAGUAUGGGGGUGUUGUCUCUGGGCCUCUCCUCUGUGUCAUACAGCCGGGACAGUGCGUCUGCCUUCACGUUUUUCAUACCCAGAAUGUAUGACAGUGUAAAAUCAAACCGGGUGAAGAAUAGGGCCCACCUGGCCUGGCGAGGAUUCAGCCUCCUCGCUGCCCGGAUGUACUCCAGGUUAUGGUGGUACGUCCAGACGAAGAAAGGGUGUUUCGCCCCUUCGAGCCAAUGCCUCCACACGGUCAAAGCUCGGACAACAGCCAACAGUUCCCGAUCACCAACGUCGUAGUUCUGCUCCGCCGGGCUGAGCUUCUUAGAGAAGAAGGCACAGGGGUGGAGCUUGGGUGGUGUGACCGAGCGUUGGGACAGGACAGCGCCUAUCCCUACCUCGGAUGCAUCCACCUCCACUACGAACGGUAGUGAUGGAUCGGGGUGGGCCAGUACCGGAGCUGAGGUGAACAGACCCCGCAGUCUCCUGAAGGCCAGUUCAGCCUCAGCCGACCAGCGGAGCCGGGACGGCCCACCCUUCAACAGGGAUGUAAUGGGAGCUGCAACCUUGCCAAAGCCCCAGAUAAACCUCCGGAAGGAAGCGCUGCACCUCCUUAACCGUGGUUGGAGUCGGCCAAUUACUCAGGGCUGAAAUGCGAUCUCCCUCCAUCUCCACACCUGAGGUGGUAAUGCGGUAUCCGAGGAAGGAGACGGACUGCUGGAAAAACAUACACUUCUCUGCCUUGGCAUGAAGGUCAUUUUCCAACAGUCGGGCCAGCACUUUGCGAACCAGGGACACAUGCUCGGCGCGAGUAGCGGAAUAUACCAGGAUGUCAUCGAUGUAGACCACCACACCGCGACCAAGCAUAUCCCGAAACACCUCGUUCACAAAGGACUGGAAGACGGAUGGAGCAUUCAUCAAACCGUAGGGCAUCACCAGGUAUUCAUAAUGCACCGUGGUUGUGCUGAAUGCAGUCUUCCACUCAUCCCCCUCCCGAACACGCACCAGGUUGUAUGCACUCCUGAGAUCUAGCUUAGUAAAGAAGCGCGCCCCAUGCAUUGACUCAAUCACUGAAGGAAUGAGGGGGAGAGGAUAACUAAAUUUAAUCGUCUCCUUGCACGAUCGAAGACCGCCCGAAAGAGGCGAGCGAACUCCCCGUGGUCCUCCAACGCGGCACCUCCUUUGUUCCACACCGUGUUGGCCCACUCCAGGGCUUUCCCACAGAGACAGGAAACAAGGAUGGACACCUUCUCACGCUCCGAUGGCGCCGGCCUGAUGCUGGAGAAGUACAGCUCCAUUUGAAGGAGGAAUCCCUGGCACAGCGCCGCCGUCCCAUCAAACCCCCGUGGUCGGGAUAUCUGGAUCCCUCCGGGUGCUGGGGUGUAGGUGGCUGGAUCCGGUUGGCCAGCUGGUCUAGACAGAUUGGGUCCUCUCCUCUCCAGGCAUUGGACGACCUGAAGAACCCGAUCCAUCGCUUCCCCCAAGCUGGCCAGGAUCGUGGAAUGCUCUUGGACCUGUGCCACGACUCCAGGCAUGCGCUCUUCUCCCGCUGACUCCAUAGCAGGUGGGUGAUUCUGUGAUGAGUGUGAUGAAAGGAGUCAGGCGCAGGAGGGUAAUCACCGAAUGCAGAGUUUAUUCCUUCGUUGACACACAAAUGCGCUGACGUCAUAAAAACUGACUUAUUUGGAAAUUGUGGAACAUUUUGCAACGAUGUGGGAAUGUUCUGUGCAACCUAUGUGAAUAUCACAAUAAUAUUCUUACAACAUCCCAGACAACUCCCAUACUUAAUUAAAUGUUCUGGGAACCUUUAAAGAACUUAGACCUGGUGUUCUGUCAACAAAUUCUUACAACAUCAAAGGACUGUUUUGUGCACCUUAAUACAAACAUUAUCUGAAUGUCAACACAACUGGACAGUUUUAGUGUUUUGGGAACCUAUCACUUAUCAUAUCCCCACAAUGUUCCCACAGCCUAAAGAAACAUUAUGUGUACUUUUAAAGAACAAACAACAUGUGUUCUGUGAACAUUCUUGUAACAUCAGGUGAAUGUUUUUUUUGCACCCUAAAAUAAAUAUUGUAGAAUCAUCCGCACAACUGGACAGUUUUUGGGUUUUGGGAACAUAUCUUUUGUGAUGUUCCCAUAAUGUUCCCACAAGACUGUUCCCACAACCUAAUGAAAUAUUAUGGGAACCUUUUAAAGAACUUUGUAAUGUGUUCUAGGAACGUUCUUGCAACAUCAGGCAAAUGUUUUAGACAACCAUUCUAUAAUCAUCAGCACGACUGGAAAGUUUUGGUGUUAUGACAACAUUUGCCUCGACCUAACAAAUGUUCUGGGAACUUUCACAGAACCAAUUUUGGUUUGCUGGGCAGCCUAUACCCUCAGCAGAGAGAGAGACAGAGAGAGAGAGAGAGAGAGAGAGAGAUUGAGAGAGUGGAGACACAGUCACAGACACAGUCACAAGCACGUACACACACACAGACACACACAGUACACACACACACACACACACACACACACAAAUCCUGCUGGAGUGAAAUCCGGUUAUUCCUCAUAGCAGCCAGUCUUUGCAUUGCUGACAUACUUAGUGUGGCACGGAGGGGGCCGUACGCUCAGUGUAGAGACUUGUUGUUUUCCACACAAAGGCUGUGUGUGUCCCAAAUGGCACACUAUUCCCUUUUGACCAAAGCCCUAUGGGGCCUACACUAGGGUGGCAUUUGGGACACUGCCAAAGUACAGUAAGGAAUGAAGGAUUAACCCUUUCCUUCCCUGCCACCGGACAGAGUUCUGGGCUACCCCAGAAGAGAGGGAAAGAGACAAACAAAAGAGGGCAGAGAGAGAGAGAGAUGGAAAAGGAGUGAAAGAGAGCAGGACUGAGAGAGGAAGAGAGAAAGAGAGUAGUGUUGUGAUUGAUUCAGAUGGAUUGCUUCCUCUGCUCUCCCACUGUGCCUUUCUCUUUCCUCAAAACAACCCACUGUUAGAGCACUGCUUUUGAUUUAAGACAUGGGUGUAGGCCUGCUUCGUGUGCAAUAUACAGUGCCUUCAGAAAGUAUUCACACCCCUUGACUUUUUCCAAAUAUUGUUGCUUUAACAGCCUGAAUUUAAAAUUGAUUAAAUUGAAAUGUUGUGUCGCUGGCCGACACACAAUACCCCAUAAUGUCAAAGUGGAAUUAUGUUUGAAUUUUCUUUUUUAAACUAAUUAAUUAAGAAUGAAAAGCUGAAAUGACUUGAGUCAGUAAAUAUUCAACCCCUUCGUUAUGGCAAGCCUAAAUAAGUUCAGGAGUAAAACAUUGCUUAACAAGUCACAUAAUAACAUGGACUCUGUGUGCAAUAAUAGUGUUUAACGUGAUUUUUGAACGACUACCUCAUCUCUGUAUGUCACGGAUACGGCCGAGGCUGCCCCUCCUCGUUCGGGCAGGCUUCGGCGGUCGUCGUCACCGGAGUACUAGCUGCCACCGAUCGAUGUUUCUGUGUCUCACUAGUUCUGUCUUUAUUUCUCACACCUGUUACUCAUUAGGCUUAUUAGUUUACCUAUAUUACCUCUGUUUUCCCUCCUGGGUGUGUGCGUGAUUGUUCUUUGUUACGUCGUCUGUUGAGCUGUUGUUUUGCUCUUCCCUGCGUGGAGGGUUUGCUAUGGUUUACUUUGAGUCUAGGAAAGCCAUUUAUCUCUCAGUUCUGUGUCCUGCGCCUGAUUCCGUUUCCCCACUUCACCCAGACGCUGACAGAAUCACGCACCCUUUAUGGAGUCAGCAGGCACACCCGAUCCCAGCGCUUCGGUGGAGGAACGCAUCCACCAGCACGCGACCAUGCUGCAGAGACUAGGUUCAGCUCUGGAUCAAGUGAUCAACACCAUGGGUCGAUGGGAGAGAGUUGGGUUUUCUACACCUCCUCCUUCGCCGAUUUCUCCUCCAUCAAGACCCUCAAACCCUGGGUCCAGUGGUAUUCGGCUCUCGCUCCCGAGGGAAUACGAUGGGACAGCUGCUGGGUGUAAGGGUUUCCUGCUCCAGGUGGAGCUUUACCUGGCCACCAUCCACCCGGCUCCCUCGGGAUACGAGAGCGUGUCCGCCCUCAUCUCCUGUCUGUAGGGCAGAGCCCUGGAAUGGGCCAACGCGGAGUGGGGUGGAAUAGACGCUGAGUCCGUUCGUUAUGAGGAUUUUACCCGCCGUUUCCGGGCUGUAUUCGAUCAUCCGCCUGAGGGGAGAGCGGCGGGGGAGCGUCUGUUUCACCUCAGCCAGGGAGGGAGGAGCGCACAGGAAUUCGCCCUGGAUUUCAGGACACUGGCAGCCAGCGCGGGAUGGAACGAGAGGGCCCUGAUUGAUCACUACCGAUGCAGUCUACGGGAGGACGUUCAUCGGGAGCUGGCCUGCAGGGACACUAAUCUUAACCUGGACCAGCUGGUAGAUUUAUCGAUCCGGCUGGAUAACCUGUUGGCUACCCGCGGACGUCCAGAUCAGGGUCCGUCCAGUCCAUCCCCCAGCCCUUCCGAGUCCACACCUAUGGAGCUUGGAAGUGCUGAUGCGGAGAGAACGAGCAAGGGGGUGGUCUCCUGCACCAACUGUGGCCGCAGAGGACACACUGCGGGCCGGUGCAGGAGAAGACCCUCAUGGAAUCGAGGCAGCAGGCAGGGUUCUGGGGGACCAUCCCAGGUGAGUAGGCACCCAACACACCCAGAGCUCCCUGUUGCUCACAUGAUGAUAAAUGUAAUUUUUUUCCCAGCAUAGGGCGCUCGUAGAUUCCGGCGCAGCUGGGAAUUUCAUGGAUAGACUGGUUGCGCAUAGAUUAGGGAUUCCUAUAUUGCCUUUAGAUGUGCCCUUCCCCAUACGUGCCCUAGAUAGUCGCCCAUUAGGGUCAGGUAUGGUUAGGGAGGUCACAGUUCCACUUCGGAUGGAGACACAGGGGGCGUCAUGAGGAGCGAAUUAGUCUCUUCCUUAUUGAUACUCCCGUGGUGCUGGGCCUUCCCUGGCUAGCCACCCAUGACCCCAGUAUUUCGUGGCAACAGAGGGCUCUUAAGGGAUGGUCACCUCAGUGCUCGGGAAGGUGUGUAGGUGUUUCCGUAGGGGCAACCACGGUGGAGAGUCCAAACCAUGUCUCUCCAAUGCACAUUCCCUCAGAAUAUGCCGAUUUGGCUCUCGCCUUCUAUAAAAAGAAGGCAACUCAAUUUCCACCCCAUCGACGAGGGGAUUGUGCGAUAGAUCUCUGUGAGGGCGCUGCACUUCCCAGGAGUCACGUGUAUCCUCUGUCACAGGAGGAGACGGUGGCUAUGGAGACAUAUGUCACCGAAUCACUGGGACAGGGAUACAUUCGGCCCUCCACUUCCCCUGCCUCCUCAAGUUUCUUUUUUGUGAAGAAAAAGGAUGGAGGUUUACGCCCGUGCAUUGACUAUCGAGGUCUCAAUCAGAUAACCGUAAAAUACAGCUAACCUCUUCCUCUCAUUGCUAGUAUGACGGAGUCAUUGCACGGGGGGCGCUUCUUCACAAAAUUGGACCUCAGGAGCGCGUACAAUCUGAUCCGUAUCCGGGAGGGGGACAAGUGGAAGACGGCAUUUAGUACCACCUCUGGUCACUGUGAGUAACUCAUCAUGCCGUACGGGUUGAUGAAUGCUCCCUCAGUCUUUCAAUCCUUUGUCGAUGAGAUUUUCAGGGACCUGCACGGACAGGGUGUAGUGGUGUAUAUAGAUGAUAUUCUAAUAUACUCCGCUACACGCGACGAGCAUGUGUCCCUGGUGCGCAAGGUGCUUGGUAGACUGUUGGAGCAUGACCUGUACGUUAAGGCUGAGAAAUGUCUGUUCUUCAAACAGUCCGUCUCCUUCUUAGGAUACCGCUUGUCAGAGUCAGGGGUCGAGAUGGAGUGUGACCGCAUUCCAGCCGUGCGUAAUUGGCCGACUCCUACCACGGUAAAGGAGGUGCAGCGAUUUUUGGGUUUUGCCAACUACUACCGGAGAUUUAUCCGGGGCUUUGGCCAGGUAGCAGCUCCCAUAACCUCUUUGCUAAAGGGCGGAUCGGUGCGCCUGCAGUGGUCAGCUGAGGCAAACAGGGCUUUUGGUCAGCUGAAGGCGCUGUUCACCACGGCUCCCGUGCUGGCUCAUCCGGAUCCUUCCUUGCAAUUCAUAGUCGGGGUGGACGCGUCCGAGGCGGGGAUAGGAGCUGUACUGUCUCAGCGAAUGAACUGAAUCCUCGUCAGGCAAGGUGGGCCAUGUUUUUCACGCGUUUUGUGUUCACCCUAUCAUAUAGACCAGGUUCCCAGAAUGCUAAGGCAGAUGCUCUGUCCCGGCUACAUGACUCAGAGGAUCGGACCAGGGAGCCUACUCCCAUACUUCCGGCUUCUUGUCUGGUGGCACCGGUGGUAUGGGAGGUUGAUGCGGACAUCGAGCGGGCAUUACGCAUGGAGCCCACUCCCCCCCAGUGUCCAGUGGGUCGUGCGUACGUUCCGUCCGAGGUUCGCGAUCGUUUGAUUUAUUGGGCUCACACGUCAUCCUCUUCUGGCCAUCCUGGCAUUGGUCGGACAGUGCGCUGUCUUAGUGGGAAGUAUUGGUGGCCUACCUUAGCUCAGGACGUGAGGGUUUAUGUUUCUUCCUGUUCGGUGUGUGCCCAGUGCAAGGCACCUAGACACCUGCCCAGAGGUAAAUUACAACCUCUUCCCGUUCCACAGCGGCCGUGGUCACACCUAUCGGUGGACUUUGUUACGGAUCUUCCUCCGUCUCAGGGUAACACCACGAUCCUGGUCGUUGUGGAUCGGUUUUCUAUGUCCUGUCGUCUCAUUCCUUUGCCUGGUCUCCCUACUGCCCUACAGACCGCAGAGGCCCUGUUUACACACGUCUUCCGGCACUACGGGGUGCCUGAGGAUAUAGUGUCUGAUCGGGGUACCCAGUUCACGUCGAGGGUCUGGAAGGCGUUUAUGGACCAUCUGGGGGUCUUGGUCAACCUGACCUCAGGUUUUCACCCCGAGAGUAAUGAGCAGGAUGAGAGAGUAAACCAGGAUGUGGGUAGGUUUCUGAGGUCGUAUUGCCAGGACCGGCAGGGGGAUUGGUCAGUUUACAUCCCCUGGGCAGAGAUGGCACAAAAUUCCCUCCGCCACUCCUCCACUGACCUGUCUCCUUUUCAGUGUGUACUAGGUUACCAGCCGGUCCUGGCACCGUGGCAUCAGAGCCAGAUCGAGGUUCCUGCGGUGGAUGAAUGGUUUCGGCGCUCGGAGGAACGCUGCCCAUGUAUGCCUGCAAAGGGCGAUUAGGAGACAGAAGGCGAGUGCCGACCACCACCGCAGUGAGGCUCCGGUUUAUGCACCGGGGGACCGGGUCUGGCUCUCGACCCGAAACCUGCCCCUUCGCCUGCCCUGCCGGAAGCUGGGUCGGUGGUUUGUGGGGCCCUUUAAAGUUCUGAGGAGGUUGAACGAGGUUUGUUAUAGGUUACAGCUCCCCCCUGAUUACCGUAUUAACCCCUCGUUCCAUGUGUCUCUCCUCAGGCCGGUGGUAGCUGGUCCGCUCCAGGAGUCCGAGGUGCGGGAGGUUCCUCCGCCCCCAUUGGACACUGAGGGGGCACCAGCGUACUCGGUCCGUUCCAUCAUGGAUUCGAGGCGUCGGGUUGGAGGCCUGCAGUAUCUCGUGGAGUGGGAGGGGUACGGUCCGGAGGAACGGAGCUGGGUUCCCAGGAGGGACAUCCUCAAUCCCUCCUUGUUAAGGGAGUUCCAUCGUCGUCAUCCGACUCACCCUGCUCCGCGUCCUCCUGGCCGUCCCCGAGGCCGGUGUCGACGCACGGCUGGAGCCGCGCGUCAGGGGGGGGGGGGGUACUGUCACGGAUACGGCCGUGGCUGCCCCUCCUCCUCGCUCGGGCAGGCUUCAGCGGUCGUCGUCACCGGAGUACUAGCUGCCACCGAUCGAUGUUUCUGUGUCUCACUAGUUCUGUCUUUAUAUUUCACACCUGUUACUCAUUAGGCUUAUUAGUUUCCCUAUAUUACUUCUGUUUUCCCUCCUGGGUGUGUGCGUGAUUGUUCUUUGUUACGUCGUCUGUUGAGCUGUUGUUUUGCUCUUCCCUGCGUGGAGGGUUUGCUAUGGUUUACUUUGAGUCUAGUAAAGCCAUUUAUCUCUCAGUUCUGUGUCCUGCGCCUGAUUCCAUUUCCCCACUUCACCGAGACGCUGACACUGUACCCCACACAUACAAUUAUAUUUAAGUUCCCUCAGUCGAGCAGUGAAUUUCAAACACAGAUUCAACCACAAAGACCAGGGAGGUUUUCCAAUGCCUCGCAAAUAAGGGUAGAUGGGUCAAAAAUAAAAAAGCAGACAUUGAAUAUCCCUUUGAGCAUGGUGAAGUUAUUUAUUACACUUUGGAUGGUGUAUCAAUCCACCCAGUCACUGCAAAGAUACAGUUGUCCUUCCUAACACAGUUGCUGGAGAGGAAGAAAACCGCUCAGGGAUGAGGCCAAUAAUUACUUUAAAACAGUUACAGAGUUUAAUGGCUGUGAUAGGAGAAAACUGAGGAUGGAUCAACACCAUUGUAGUUACUCCACAAUACUAACCUAAUUAACAGAGUGAAAAGAAGGAAGCCUGUACAGAAUGAAAAUAUUCCAAAACAUGCAUCCUGUUUGCAACAAGGCACUAAAGUAAUACUGCAAAAAAUGUGGCAAAGCAAUUAACUUUUGGUCCUUAUUACAAAGUGUUAUGUUUGGUGCAAAUCCAAUACAGUACAUUACUCAGUACCACUCUCCAUAUUUUUUAGCAUAGUGAUGGUUGCAUCAUGUUAUGGGUAUGCUUGUAAUCAUUAAGGACUGGGGAGUUUUUCAGGAUAAAAAAGAAACGGAAUGGAGCUAAGCACAGGCAAAAUCCUAGAGGAAAACCUGGUUCAGUCUGCUUCCCACCAGACACUGGGAGACAAAUUCACCUUUCAACAAUAACCUAAAACACAAGGUUGCUUAUCAAGACGACAUUGAAUGUUCCUGAGUGGCCUAGUUAAAGCUUUGACAAAUUGGCUUGAAAAUGUAUGUCAAGACUUGAAAUGGCUGUCUAACAAUGAUCAACAACCAACUUGACAGAGCUUGAAGAAUUUUUUAAAUAAUAAUAUUGUACAAUCCAGGUGUGCAAAACUCUUAGAGACUUACCCAGAAAGAUUCACUGCUGUAAUCGCAGCCAAAGGUGAUUCUAACAUGUAUUGACUCAGGGGUGUGAAUACUUAUGUAAAUGAGAUAUUUCUGUAUUUCAUUCUCAAUACAUUUUGCAAAAAAAAUUGAAACAUGUUUUCACUUCGUUUCUGAAGGCACUGUAUGUUGGAUUUUUUUUUAUCAAAAUGGGAGACAAAUUGAGUGUGUUGUGUUUUAGAGAGUCUGACUGGUGUCUGAUGUGCUUACAAUACGAUAAAAAGAAUAGGAACAUUGUGUAAAACACACAGUAAAAUGCCAAUGUUGUUAGUGUUGAUUUUCUUUGGAUAGGACUGACCUGAAGAAAACGUCAACCAAGAGAAAAUGUACACAGAACUGCCAAAAUAAAGGAACACCAACAAGAAGUAUCUUAAUAGGGUGUUGGUCCACCACUGGCCGCCAAAACAGCUUUAAUGUGCCUUGGCUUAGAUUUUACAAGUGUCUGGAACUCUAUUAGAGGGAUGCGACACCAUUCUUCCACGACAAAUUCCAUAAUUUGGUGUUUUGUUGAUGGUGCUGGAAAACUCUGUCUCAGGCACCGCUCCAGAAUCUCCCAUAAGUGUUCAAUUAGGUUGAGAUCUAGUGACUUAGACGGCCAUGGCAUAUGGUUUUAUAUCUGUUUUAUGCUCAUCCAACCAUUCAGUGACCACUUGUGCCCUGUGGAUGAUGGCCGGGGGCCUUGUCCAUCCCAUGGGUCACCAAAUACAUGGGCUGCCAGAUCAAUUUAACUGUAUUUGUUACGAACUGCAAUUCAUUAUCGGACCAAACCCCUUUAAACAAUGCUUACAAAUUGAUGUCCUCAUUGUAUAAGUAGUUUCCAUUUUUGUGGCUUAACUGACCUAAAACAUCUACCAGAUUGCGAGCAAAAAAAAGGACAAAUAAAGUACCCAAAUCAUUUUAAGGGAGAGAAUGACUGCGUUUCCCCCCGUGUCCAGAUACGGUAACAGAAGGACUUCGAUGGACUCUUUUGAAAAAUGACAGGUUCUGUGAGGAUGUUGGAUUUUGACACAGUGGCCAGAUGUGGUCCCUAAGAACUUCCGGUGGAUAAAUAAAAUGGUUGAGUAAAGGAAGGGAAGUUUAGUGUGAUUGUUAGGAUAGGAUGACUGAAGAUGGUGAAGAGGAUAAGUAACAAAAGAUAGUGAAAAAACAAAGAACUAAAAAAGUUGAAGGGGACAAGGCGCCACCUUGUGAUGCUUGUUUCAGCAGGAACCUAGGAAGGAUGGCCAUUUCCACGACAAAUUGCCCUAAGUGUGAUGUGGAAGUCUCAGGCACGUUUAAUAACCCAAGGUCAUGUUGAAGGAUUAGAGCAGGACAGAACUGUAUCCUCCCUCAUGGUACCUUGUCCCCGAGGGGCAUGAUCCUGGGCAUAGCCUGGAGGCAAUCGGGUAAAGAAUUAAGAUAGAUAGUUUCUUCUAAUCCACCACACCUGUACCUGUUUAAACUGUGUCCCAUUUCUCAGGUCAUAUUUGGUACUGAUACUGCCCGGUCGGAUGAUUGGCUAUGACACAAAAGGCUACAAAAAGUAUAAAUCAUGAUUAUAGAAAUCAUUCUUUCCCCUCCCUCCAAGUACCAGCUCUAUGGACCUCCCCGUUAAAAAGAUUAAAUUACGCAUUCCCGGGCCCGUCACCAGACUGACGGUGUGGUGUUAAAUUUUAAAACCCGUUUUUUCCCGUCUCCUAAAGACAACUGGUGGCCUUUCACCCCUGGGAUUACGUCACCGCGUCUAAAAACAGCCGCUCGCCCUGAGUACCCCGAACCUCCCCUUUCCUUCCACCUAACUCCAGACCUCUCUCUCCUCCAGUGUUUCAGGGUUCGCCAGCCGACCUGACUUUCAAGGCGAGAUCCGCGACCGAAACGAUAGAGAGUCUCCUCCCCCUCCUCUUCGUUCUCUCUCACUAUCCUCCGCUCUUACUUCUAUCCUAUCCUUUCUAUCUCUCAUCCUACUCUCUCUCGUCUCUCUCUCUCUCUCUCUCUCUCUCUCUCUCUCUCUCUCUCUCUCGCUCUCUCGCUCUCUCUCUCUCUCUCUCUCUCACCUCUUCUCAACUAGUGUCAUUUUUUUUUUUUACCCCGUUUCUCCCCAAUUUCGAUCUUGUCUCAUCGCUGCCAACUGUCCAACGCGCUCAGGUCGUCCUCUGAAACAUGACCCGCCAAACCGAGCUUCUUAACACCCGCCCGCUUAACCCAGAAGCCAGCUGCACCAAUGUGUCGUAGGAAACACAGUUCAACUGACGACCGAAGUCAGCCUUCAGGCGCCCGGCCUGCCACAAGGAGUAGCUAGAGCGCGAUGAGCCAAGUAAAGCCCCCCCCCCGGCCAAACCAUCCCCUAACCCGGACGACGCUGGGCCAAUUGUGCGACGCCCUAUGGGACUCCCGAUCACGGCCGGUUGUGACACAACCUGGGAUCGAACCCGGAUCUGUAGUGACGCCUCAAGCACUGCGAUGCAGUGCCUUAGACCGCUGUGCCACUCGGGAGGCCAACUAGUGUGUUCUAGACUGUCUGUGUCUAUCUUGUUCUCACUCUUCUUUGUUUUUCUCCCUCUACCUCUCUAGCUUUCUUUCUCUCUCUCGCUCUCUUUCUCUCUCAAUUCAAUUCAAAGGGGUUUUAUUGGCAUGGGAAAUGUAUGUUUACAUUGCCAAAGCAAGUGAAAUAAACAAGAAACAAAACACACCUCUCUUCUCAAUGAAAGUGUAUUGCUCUGUGUCUCUGUUAAUGUGUAUGUGUGUGUACUCUGGUUAUAACAUUUGUCUUUGUCUCUGUCCCCUACUGUAGGUGAAUAAGCUGAAGAGAGAGCUCUCCCAGAUGAAACAGGAGCUCAUCUACAAAGAACAAGGCUUUGAAACCUUGCAGCAGUAAGUCCCCUUUUCAUAUUGAUCCCACACCUGUCUGUCACACACCUGCCUAUUAAACACACACACACACACACACACACACACACACACUUGUGUAUUGUAUGUUGCUCUGUAAAUGUUGUGAUUUUACAGCUUUAGUGUUAUGUGUCUGUUGGACUUGAUAGGGCCUGGGGGCGGUCGUAAAACAGUUUACAGAUGUAGGAUCUUAAUUUGAUUACUCUGUUGCAGGAGCACUUUCCUGCAAUGCAGGAAAUUUAAAACUACAAAAAUGGCCAUUAAUUAUAUUCCACAUAAUAAUUCACUAUUCCUGUUGCUGCAGGAUUAUUUUCCUGCUGUAGCAAACUGGCUCAAAUUAAGAUCCGACAUCUGUAGGAACCUCUGUACAGGAUUAUUCGAGAGAGCCGCUACAAUCUACUAAUAGGAAUUCACAUUCGUAGUGAGGGAGCGAAUGACCGUGAGAUAGGAGGUAAAGAGAGAGGGAGGGAGAGAAUGAGGGGGGGAAAGAGGGGUUGAUAGAAGGAGAGACAGAAUGUAAGAGGUGGGAGGGAGAAGGAGAAAGGGGGAUUGGGAGUAGACAGAGAGAUGAAGGGAGAGAAAGAAAGAGAGAGAGGGGUUAUGUUGCUCACAUGGCAGGCUCUGGAUUAAGCCCUGUCCGAAGCAGCCACUUUUUAUUACAAUAAUUGAAACAAUGAAGCAUUGUCGUUCACCCUCCACACACACACUCCAUCCGCUCAGGAGACACAUACAAUAAAGGAAGAGUGAAAAGGGGUCAGGAACACACACACACACACACACACACACACACACACACACACACACUGCACGUUAGGGAGGUCAGAAAUCAUGCAUGGCAGCUUAACAAAGGCUGCUUGUUAUGUAAUUUUAUCAUACUAUGCUGUUAGACAGAUCCUGAAGAAGACACAGUGAUGGCGAAACGUUGGUGGUUUCUUACCCAAUAAAUUACUGGGAGUUUAUAUAUAGAGUAUGUGUACUCUCUUUAUUUGUUUUUAUAGACAAACACUCACUCACAUCGCUCAACAAAAAGCUCGCUUGUGAGUUAGUGAAAAUGCUUGUAGCCGUACAGUAUAUCUGGACUUUAACACCCAUAUAGAUCAUUGGAGAUUCUGAUAUUUGUGAACAAAACUUUUCUCUCUUUGGACUCACUCAGUGUGACGUUUAUUUUACGUGUGUGUGCACUCCCUUUUGCAGGAUCGACCAAAAACUGUGUGGCGAGCAGAGUGGCUACCGUCUGAAGGAGGCCAAGGCCAUCGUGACGGAGCUCAAGUCUCUCCGCAAGGCCAUCAGCUCUGGAGAAAAGGAAAAACAGGACCUCAUGCAGGUACGUGUGUGUGUGAAUGCGUGUGUGUGUGAAUUAUUUUGGUCUGUGUGUGGGUUCCUACAGUGGCUUGCGAAAGUAUUCACCCCCCUUGGCAUUUUUCCUAUUUUGUUGCCUUACAACCUGGAAUUACACAGCAUGCCUACCACUUUGAAGAUGCAAAAUAUUUUUUGUUGUGAAACAAACAAGAAAUAAGACAAAAAAACUGAAAACUUGAGCGUGUAUAACUAUUCACCCCCCCAAAGUCAAUACUUUGUAGAGCCACCUUUUGUAGCAAUUACAGCUGCAAGUCUCUUGGGGUAUUUUAUCUACAAGCUUGGCACAUCUAGCCACUGGGAUUUUUGUCCAUUCUUCAAGGCAAAACUGCUCCAGCUCCUUCAAGUUGGAUGGGUUCCGCUGGUGUACAGCAAUCUUUAAGUCAUACCACAGAUUCUCAAUUGGAUUGAGGUCUGGGCUUUGACUAGGCCAUUCCAAGACAUUUAAAUGUUUCCCCUUAAACCACUCGAGUGUUGCUUUAGCAGUAUGCUUAGGGUCAUUGUCCUGCUGGAAGGUGAACCUCCGUCCCAGUCUCAAAUCUCUGGAAGACUGAAACAGGUUUCUCUCAAGAAUGUCCCUUUAUUUAGCGCCAUCCAUCAUUCCUUCAAUUCUGAUCAGUUUCCCAGUCCCUGCUGAUGAAAAACAUCCCCACAGCAUGAUGCUGCCACCACCAUGCUUCACUGUGGGGAUGGUGUUCUCGGGGUGAUGAGAGGUGUUUUCCUUGAUGGCCAAAAAGCUCAAUUUUAUUCUCAUCUGACCAGAGUACCUUCUUCCAUAUGUUUGGGGAGUCUCCCACAUGCCUUUUGGCGAACACCAAGCGUGUUUGCUUAUUUUUUUCUUUAAGCAAUGGCUUUUUUCUGGCCACUCUUCCGUAAAGCCCAGCUCUGUGGAGUGUACAGAUACUCCAAUCUCCGCUGUGGAGCUUUGCAGCUCCUUCAGGGUUAUCUUUGGUCUCUUUAAUAAUAAUAAUAAUAUGCCAUUUAGCAGACGCUUUUAUCCAAAGCGACUUACAGUCAUGCGUGCAUACAUUUUUGUGUAUGGGUGGUCCCGGGGAUCGAACCCACUACCUUGGCGUUACAAGCGCCGUGCUCUACCAGCUGAGCUACAACUUUGUUGCCUCUCUGAUUAGUGCCCUCCUUGCCUGGUCCGUGAGUUUUGGUGGGCGGCCCUCUCUUGGCAGGUUUGUUGUGGUGCCAUAUUCUUUCCAUCUUUUAAUAAUGUAUUUAAUGGUGCUCUGUGGGAUGUUCAAAGUUUUGGAUAUUUUUUUAUAACCCAACCCUGAUCUGUACUUCUCCACAACUUUGUCCCUGACCUGUUUGGAGAGCUCCUUGGUCUUCAUGGUGCUGCUUGCUUGGUGGUGCCCCUUGCUUAGUGGUGUUGCAGACUCUGGGGCCUUUCAGAACAGGUGUAUAUAUACUGAGAUCAUGUGACAGAUCAUGUGACACUUAGACUGCACACAGUUGGACUUUAUUUAGCUAAUUAUGUAACUUCUGAAGGUAAUUGGUUGCACCAGAUCUUAUUUAGGGGCUUCAUAGCAAAGGGGGUGAAUACAUAUGCACGCACCACUUUUUCGUUAUUACUUUUUUAGAAUUUUUGGAAACAAGUUAUUUUUUUAAUUUCACUUCACCAAUUUUGACUAUUCUGUGUAUGUCCAUUACAUGAAAUCCAAAUAAAAAUCCAUUUAAAUUACAGGUUGUAAUGCAACAAAAUGGGAAAAACGGCAAGGGGGAUGAAUACUUUUGCAAGGCACUGUAUAUCUGCUUUUGAGAGCUCCUGGCAAGGUCAUGUUCAUUAGGCACCAAACAGAAGGAAACGGACUGAAACAGGAAGGGACUGCCUGAACUUAUCAGAUUUAGAAAUGCUCAUUUUCAUUUUCCGUUUUGGUACGGCCUUUCAACCCUGAACUUCCCUCUAGACCCACCCCAUGUUCUCCUCUCUCUCCCAUAGUCUCUGGUUAAGUUAAAGGAGAGGUUCCACUCGGAACACAACAUGGGCCGUUCUGAACCGGACCUACGGAACCCAGUGGGCUCCAGACAGACGCUAGAAGCCGGCUCCCAGACAGACGUCUCUGGAGAGGUGAGCACCACUCUCUUUCUCUCCUCUAUUUCUCUCUCUCUCACUUUCUCUCCCCUUAUUCUCACACACAAGUUGGGCUCUCGAACUCUCUAUCUUCUCCCACUCUCACGCAACAAUUUGUGCCCACCCUCCCCCCUCUCUCUCUCUCUUGCCUUCUCUCCUCUCUCUCUCUCUCUCUUGUUUUCUCUCCUCUCUCUAUCUCUUUCUCUCUCUUUCCUUCCCUCCCAUGUCCCUCCUUUGUCUUAAUAAAAUGCCUGUGUGUUUCUGAGAGGAAUGUCCACCCGCCCCGCCUCUGUGUGCCUUCCCUAGCGGGACUGGAUUCCUCUGUACACACACACACACACACACACACACACACACACACACACACACACACACACACACACACACACACACUGGAUUCCUCUGGUUCCUGGGAGCAGAUGAUAGCUGCUAGGGGCCUGGCAGACUGGGCUCAGGGUUAGAGGUAGAGGCAAAGCUGCUUACUACACUGGGGCUUUUCUCUCUCCACACACACAAAGAGACACACACACACACACACAGAGCGAGACCUGCUCUCGGUCUCACCGAUGGAAUGCUAAAUGGAGGGAGGGAGAAGGGAGUGGGGAGGGAGAGGUGGGGGUCUCUCUAAUGAUAUUAAACCCAGUCACUUGAACUUGAAGCAGGUACAUGUGAUGUUUUUUGUUCACUCUCUCUCUCUCUCUCUCUCUCUUUCGCUCUCGCUCUCCCUCCGUUUCUCAGGCGGGUUUGAGGAGCAGGUCAUCCUUGGCUGAGAAGGUCAGACUUAGUCUCCAAUAUGAAGAGGCCAAAAGAAGGUAAUCUCUCUCUCCAGCUCUCUCUCUCUGUUUUUUUACUGCAGACAUUCCUUAUGUUAAUAUACAUAUCACCUGGCCACAGAACUGCAAGAGUAAACUCAACUCAAUAGAUAUGGAUUGAGGGCGCACUUGCCAGAAAGCCUGUUUUAACAUGGGCCUUAGAUCACUUUAGCAUGGGCUUUAGAUCACUUUAACAUGGGGCUUAGAUCACUUUAACAUGGGCCUUAGAUCACUUUAACAUGGGCCUUAGAGCACUUUAACAUGGGCCUUAGAGCACUUUAACAUGGGGCUUAGAUCACUUUAACAUGGGCCUUAGAUCACUUUAACAUGGGCCUUAGAUCACUUUAACAUGGGCCUUAGAGCACUUUAACAUGGGCCUUAGAUCACUUUAACAUGGGCCUUAGAGCACUUUAACAUGGGCCUUAGAUCACUUUAACAUGGGCCUUAGAUCACUUUAACAUGGGCCUUAGAUCACUUUAACAUGGGCCUUAGAGCACUUUAACAUGGGCCUUAGAGCACUUUAACAUGGGCCUUAGAGCACUUUAACAUGGGCCUUAGAUCACUUUAACAUGGGCCUUAGAUCACUUUAACAUGGGCGUUAAGUCCCUUCCGAUCUGACUUCAGAUCAGAGCAAUUAAGGGCCCACGUCCAGCCAUUAAAUGGUUAUGCAUUAUCAGUCACAGGCUGUGACUUGGACGACUGUCAGUUUCACACAUUAGCGAUGUAAUCUGUGACAAUGGUGGGCAGUUUUAGGCUCAGUGAGUAAAACGCAGGUAAAACCCUCCCCUUAUGGACGAUAAUCCCUGACAUUUAGGCUUUGAAACGUUUUCUAAUCCGCCGGUAUAGAACAGGUGUUUCUACAGAGAGCCAGCAGUAGAGUGUGGCAGCAUGACAACUUCCUUGUUAUCCCCUGGGCUUGCUGCUGGCUUUAGACCCAUAGGAGUGUUUGUGCCAGGAGGAAGGCGUUCAAGUCAAGUAUUUUCACUGUAUUCCCGUAUGAGCGCAUGUGUGUUUUAUAGAUGCGUUGAAAAACACUACAUGGCCAGAAGUAUGUGGACACCUGAACAUCUCAUUCCAGAAUCAUGGGCAUUAAUAUGGAGUUGGUCCCACCUUUGCUGCUAUAACAGCCUCCACUCUUCUGGGAAGGCUUUCCACUAGAUGUUGGAAUAUUGCUGCGGGGACUUGCUUCCAUUCAGCCACGAGCAUUAGUGAGGUCGGGCACUGAUGUUGGGCGAUUAGGCCUGGCUCACAGUUGGCGUUCCAAUUCAUCCCAAAGGCGUUCGAUGGGGUUGAGGGAUGGGGUUGAGGUCAGGGCUUUGUGCAGGCCAGUCAAGUUGUGCUCGAUUUUAUACACCUGUCAACAACUGGUGUGGCUGAAAUAGCCGAAUCCGCUAAUUUGAAGGGUUGUCCACAUACUUUUGGCGAUGUAGUGUAUAUAGCGUCCCUACUUUCUGUUUCUGUUUCCCUCCUUCCUUCCCCCAGUAUGGCCAACGUGCAGGUGGAGCUGGCCAAGCUGGAGAGCGAGGCGUGGCCGGGGGCGGUGGACGUGGAGCGGGAACGUCUCCUCCUCGUCUCGGAGAAGGAGGAGCUCCUCAAGGAGCUGCAGUUCGUAUCGCCACGACGACGCACCCCGCAGGAUCUCCAACGUCUGGAGGCCCAGAGGCUGCAGCUGGAGCAGGAGCUGCAGGCCGUCAGGAACACCCCUAGCCACGCCCUGGCCCAGAGGUGAGACACACCCCUAACACUAUCCCCGGCACCUUCCCUUUAAAAACCUGGUGGUGGCUCGCAGCUAGUCGUUGCCGUACAGUUCCAGAAGUUUAGACAUAGAGAACUCUAAAAAGAUAAGUGAAGUCCCCACUACUACUCAGUCAGACGUUGGCGAUACCUGAGGCUGUGUCUAUGUAGUGUUUCUGUUUGAGUUCCCCAUUGACGUCCAUCAGAUAACAAACAAAUUGAUUUUCCCACCCACGCGGUUACAGCCUUUUGUUUUCCUAAUGAACGACACAAACGUUCCAAAGGGUAAACACUGUAAGGUGCCUUUAAUUACCGUUCAUUAGCAUACCAAUUGUUACUCACACACACACUGAACACACACACACUGUGUGGUAAUUGUCUUGUUUUGGAAGCAGACUGUGUCGCUGAAACAUUGCGUCACAUUAGUAGGCAGAGCGACAGCCGUAAUUGGAAACAUGACGCUUGUAGGGGUUGUAAUUGUAAUUACAUAUUGUCACAGACACACACACACUACACACACCACACACACAUUGACUUCAUUUGAAAAAGCCCUAUAAUUGUGUCUUGAGCUAAUUAGGCUCUGUGUAAUUGCUCGAUAAAUGAAGACAGUAAUUAAGGUUAGUGUUCUGGAAGCUUUGUUAGCAGAACAGAGGAGAGGGAAUUCCUACCAGAGGAAAGGGGGCAUGUUGUCUAUUUAGCAUUUAUUUGACCAAGAAAUCUCAUUGAGGUCAGAAGAACUCUUUCUCAAAGGAGACCUAGAUACAGUGCAUUCGGAAAGUGUUCAGACCCCUUGACUUUUUCCACAGUUUGUUACGUUACUGCCUUAUUCUAAAAAUUGAUUUUUUUUUUAACCCAUCAAUCUACGCACUACCCCAUAAUGACAAAGUGAAAACAGGUUUUUAGAAUGUUUUGCAAAUGUAUUAAAAAUUUAAAACAGAAAUACCUUAUUUACAUAAGUAUUCAGACCCUUUGCUAUGAGACUCAAAAUUGAUCUCAGGUGCAUUCUGUUUCCAUUGAUUAUCCUUGAGAUGUUUCUACAACUUGAUUGGAGUCCACCUGUGGUAAAUUCAAUUGAUUGGACAUGAUUUGGAAAGGCACACACCUGUCUAUAUAAGGUCCCACAGUUGACAGUGCAUGUCAGAGCAAAAACCAAGCCAUGAGGUCGAAGGAAUUGUCCGUAGAGCUCCGAGACAGGAUUGUGUCGAGGCACAGAUCUUAGAACGGGUACCAAAAAAAUUCUGCAGCAUUGAAGGUCCCGAAGAACACCAUGGCCUCCAUUAUUCUUAAAUGGAAGAAGUUUGGAACCACAAAGACUCUUCCUAGAGCUGGCCGCCCGGCCAAACUGAGCAAUCGGAGGAGAAGGGACUUGGUCAGGAAGGUGCGAAGAACCCGAUGGUCACUCUGACAGAGCUCCAGAGAUCCUCUGUCGCGAUGGGAGAGCAUUCCAGAAGGACAACCAUCUCUGCAGCACUCCACUAAUCAGGCCUUUAUGGUAGAGUGGUCAGACGGAAGCCACUCCUCAGUAAAAGGCACAUGACAGCUCGCUUGGAGUUUGCCAAAAGGCACCAAAAGGACUCUCAGACCAUGAGAAACAAGAUUCUCUGGACUGAUGAAACCAAGAUUGAACUCUUUGAGCUGAAUGCCAAGCGUCACAUCUGGAGGAAACCUGGCACCAUCCCUACGUACAGUGAAGCAUGGUGGUGGCAGCAUCAUGCUGUGGGGAUGUUUUUCAGCGGUAGGGACUGGGAGACUAGUCAGGAUUGAGGGAAAGAUGAACGGAGCAAAGUACAGAGAGAUCCUUGUUGAAAACCUGCUCCAGAGCACUCAGGACUUCAGAUUGGGGUGAAGGUUCAUCUUCCAACAGGACAACGACACUAAUCACACAGCCAAGACAACGCUGUAGUGGCUUUGGGACACGUCUCUGAAUGUCCUUGAGUGGCCCAGCUAGAGCCCGGACUUGAACCCAAUCGAACAUCUCUGGAGAGACCUGAAAAUAGCUGUGCAGCGACGCUCCCCAUCCAACCUGACAGAGCAUGAGAGGAUCUGCAGAGAAGAAUGGGAGAAACUCCCCAAAUAUAGGUGUGCCAAGCUUGUAGCGUCAUACCCAAGAAGACUCGAGGCUGUAAUCGCGGCCAAAGGUACUGAGUAAAGGGUCUGAAUACUUAUGUAAAUGUCAUAUUUCAGUUUAUUUAUUUUAUUUAUUUCUAAAAACCUGUUUUUGCUUUGUCAUUAUGGGAUAUUGUGUGUAGAUUGAUGAAAACAAUUUAAUCAAUUUUAGAAUAAGGCUGUAACUUAACAAAAUGUGGAAAGGUCAAGGGGUCUGAAUAUUUUCAGAAUGCACUGUAUCUGUUCUGUCCCACACAUAGAUAUGUUGUACUAAUAAUGAUUUGUCUCUCUAGGUUGAAGGUGCAGGAGAGGAGACGAGUCCUGGUUCAGAGACUGGAGGAAUCAACCAGACUGACCACACUGCUCCACUCUCAGCUCAAGAGGUGUGUGUGUGUGUGUGUGUGUGUGUGUGUGUGUGUGUGUGUGCACUUCAUGCAUGUAUACCUAUACACAAAUACACUCUUGCCCUAAGGCUGCGGUUACACAGGCAAUCACUUCUUCUUCCCACUUCUUCCCCCCAAUUCUGAUUUUUUUCCACGAAUUGGUCUUUUGACAAAUCAUAUCAGAUCUGAUUUGAAAAGAUUUGAUGUGAUUGGUCAAAAGUGGGAAGAAGUAUCAGAAUUGGGCUGCCUGUCUAAACGCAGCCGAAGUGUUCCUCCAAUACACAUAAACUCAUCAAAAAAAGAAACGUCCCUUUUUCAGGACCCUGUCUUUCAAAGAUAAUUCAUAAAAAUCCAAAUAACAAUACAGAUCUUCAUUGUAAAGGGUUUAAACACUGUUUCCCAUGCUUGUUCAAUGAACCAUAAAACAAUUAAUGAACAUGGACCUGUGGUACUGUCGUUAAGACACUAACAGCUUACAGACAGUAGGCAAUUAAGCUCACAGUAUUGACAAUUUAGGACACUAAAGAGGCCUUUCUACUGACUCUGAAAAACACCAAAAGAAAGAUGCCCAGGGUCCCUGCUCAUCUGCGUGAACGUGCCUUAGGCAUGCUGCAAGGAGGCAUGAGGACUGCAGAUGUGUCUGUACUGUGAGACGCCUAAGACAGCGCUACAGGAAGACAGGACGGAGAGCUGAUCGUCCUCGCAGUGGCAGACCACAUGUAACAACACCUGCACAGGAUCGGUACAUCCGAACAUCACACCUGCGGGACAGGUACAGGAUGGCAACAACAACUGCCCGAGUUACACCAGGAACGCUCAAUCCCUCCAUCAGUGCUCAGACUGUCCGCAAAAGGCUGAGAGAGGCUGGACUGAGGGCUUAUAGGCCUGUUGUAAAGCAGGUCCUCACCAGACAUCACCGGCAACAACGUUGCCUAUGGGCACAAACCCACCGUCGCUGGACCAGACAGGACUGGCAAAAAGUGCUCUUCACUGACGAGUCGCGGUUUUGUCUCACCAGGGGUGAUGGUCGGAUUCGCGUUUAUCGUCGAAGGAAUGAGCGUUACACCGAGGCCUGUACUCUGGAGCGGGAUCGAUUUGGAGGUGGAGGGUCCGUCAUGGUCUGGGGCGUUGUGUCACAGCAUCAUUGGACUGAGUUUGUUGUCAUUGCAGGCAAUCUCAACGCUUUGCGUUACAGGGAAGACAUCCUCCUCCCUCAUGUGGUACCCUUCCUGCAGGGUCAUCCUGACAUGACCCUCCAGCAUGACAAUGCCACCAGCCAUACUGCUCGUUCUGUGUGUGAUUUGCUGCAAGACAGGAAUGUCAGUGUUCUGCCAUGGCCAGCGAAGAGCCCGGAUUUCAAUCCCCUUGAGCACGUCUGGGACCUGUUGGAUUGGAGGGUGAGGGCUAUGGCCAUUCCCCCCAGAAAUGUCCGGGAACUUUCAGGUGCCUUGGUGGAAGAGUGGGGUAACAUAUCACAGCAAGAACUGGCAAAUCUGGUGCAGUCCAUGAGGAGGAGAUGCACUGCAGUACUUAAUGCAGCUGGUGGUCACACCAGAUAUUGAUCCCCCCUUUGUUCAGGGACACAUUAUUCAAUUUCUGUUAGUCACAUGUCUGUGGAACUUGUUCAGUUUAUGUCUCAGUUGUUGAAUCUUGUUAUGUUCAUACAAAUAUUUACACAUGUUAAGUUUGCAGAAAAUAAACGCAGUUGACAGUGAGAGGACGUUUCUUUUUUUGCUGAGUUUACAUACAGCUACAGUAAUUCAAGUAAUACGUUGCUGGUUGUUUGUUCAACGUGUGUGUUCUUUCCCUUACAGUUUGUCGGCCAGUACGCUGUCCGUCUCAUCAGGCAGCAGCCUGGGUUCUCUGGCCUCAAGCCGUGGAUCCCUCAACGCAUCCUCCUCCCGCGGCUCCCUCAAUUCCCUCUCCUCCGGAGACCUCUACUACACCCCUACAGAACCCCCCUCCCCCCUAGACCUGGACUACCAGUGCAAACUGGACCUGCUCCUCCAGGAGCCCCUGACCCCGUCUGGGAUAACCUACAGGCGGGGAGACCCCCCAGGAACUAUCACCACCAUCCACGAACACGAGGUGGAAAACACACACCCACUUCACACUCACACCGUCGGAACCGGUACCACCGACCUGGUCCCAUUAGCGCCGCUGGUUGCGGUGUCCUCGAAGCCGGCCGAGCCCUCCAAGUCGGUGACGUCGCUUUCCUCCAGGUCGUCGCUGUCUUCUCUCUCGCCGCCGGGCUCGCCGCUGGUGCUGGAGGGGGUCGGGGCGUUCCCGCCGGCGGGCCCACAGGACUUUGGGGACGGGGAUGUCGGUCUGGUGGUGUCGGACUUUGGCGGUCUCAGCCUGGGAUUCUACGACGGCCAGGGGAUGGGGAUGUUUGAGCCGGAGACGGGGGAGAGGGACAGAGGAGGGGAGGGGGGGAGGGAAGGGAGAGGGUCACUGGCUACCCUCAGAGAGAGUAUUACAGGUGAGACAUUUGCUCUGUUCAAAUUCUUCCUUUUUUGUGAACAAUGGUUUUUUAUUGGGUCACAAGGGCAAUACAAUCAUCAAAAUAAAGUAUGACACUUUCCCCCUUUUUUUUUUUUACUGACACACCCUCCCACCCCACCUAUUCCCAACAUACCCCUGGCGGCCCCACCCUAUCCCCAACCUUGGACAACCCAUAAUAUAUAAAAAAUAUAUAUAUAUAAAAAGGUUUUAAUCAAAUUAAAACAACACGCACUACACUGGAAUAUACACAGCAAAGUCAUUUGCUAAUACAACACCAUCAAGUAAACAUUUUACAUCACACACCUACAUCAUAUCCAACAGUUCAGAGAUUUCUGAGGUGGCUACUUUCCAUGUUUCCAAAGUGCUGGGACUGGCUUUAUUCAUAAGGGAAAUUCUCCCUUCCUCCCUUCAGUGGAAUUUAUCACUGAUUAGAAAAGCCUGGCGCUGCAUGGCGCAAUGCUGCCACCUAGUAACUCAAAAUGGAGCUGCACUGAAACACCACCGCUGCAUAAACUAGUACAGUGUUUCCUAACUCCAGUCCUCGAGUUCCCCGAACAUUACACAUUUGUAUUGUAGCCCCGAACAAACACUCUGCAUUCAACUCAAGGGCUUGAUGAUUAGUUAACAAGUUGAAUCAGGUGUGCUUGUCCAGAGUUACAGCAAAAAUGUGUGCUGGUGGAGGUGCUGGAGGACUGGAGUUGGGAAACGCUGAAUCACUCAUGCUGAGUUUGUAGGCUCCCAUCACAUCUAUGUCUCAUGCCUUGGAUGUGUCUCGUAGAUAUAUGAAAAUACUUUUUUUUGAUUAAUGAAUGAACCAAUGCUCAUUGACAACACGUUUCUUGUGUCCCCCGCGCAUAUCAACUCUGGUGUCUUGUUUCAGUUGUACUUCAUGUCUUUGUCUGUGUUACGUCUGUGUUGUUGUCAGACGUGGACCUCCAGAGGCCGGGGGAGGACAAGCCAGCCUGUGUGUCAGCAGCCGUGUCAGACGAGUCUGUGGCCGGGGACAGUGGGGUGUACGAGGCCUCUAAUAUCAAACGGUGGCUAACACUCACUUUCAGCUCUUUAUAUUCUUUCCAAUGAUCGCACACUGUCUCUUCAGCACUCUCCAUCUCUCCCUUCCCUUGCCUUUCAUCUUCAACCUCGUUCUCAACCUCUUCCCCACCUCUCCUUCCCUCUCUCCUUUAUCUUGAGGUGCUGCUCUUCCCAAUAGUGUUGGUCCACUCAAAGGGUCAUGGUGGCUCUUUUAACCUCCCCUCCUCUCUUUCCAAACCACAAGACCUCAGUUAAAACAGACCACCAAACUGAAGGCUCCUCAACUCACCAAACACACACACAAUUAGCUUCGUCUCACGUGUAUCACAGUUGGAGACGAACGCUAAAUCUGAUCUUUAAUGACUGAAUGGAAGGAACCCUGUCUGUGUUCCUUUGUGUUUGUCAAAAGUGAGAGAUGUUUGAGAUGCAGACACACAGAGUGCUGUUGCCCAGUUGUUUCUUCCUAAUUAGAGUGCAUGGGCUCGGUUGCCCAGUUUGGCUGUUCGUAAUUAGAAUGGCCUCAUUGAUGUUUGUUUUUCCCACUAAAACUGCUCCUAUGGUCAAACUCUUUCAUCAUCUCUUGCCCCCUAAAGAGAUAGUUUGAUGAUGAUCCCUUCAACCAGUGUGGUGUGGACUCUAUCUGUCUCUCUCAGCUAGCUUUCUCCCUCCCUCCUUUCCUCGCUCCCCUUUUCUGUCUUUCUUUCUUUCUUUCUUUCUUGCUCUCUGUCUCUGCUUGCUCUUUUUUUAUAUAUAUUUUUUCUUUCUUUCUUUAUUCUCCUCCCGUCCUCCCUUGCUCUCCCCUUGGUUUGAUUUAAUUAGACAAUGAGCCAAGGACACCCUUUCCACUCUCUCUCUCUCCUCUGCUCCCUCCUGUCUCUCUCCUCUGCUCCCUCCUGUCUCUCUCCUCUACUCCCUCCUGUCUCUCUCCUCUACUCCCUCCUGUCUCUCUCCUCUACUCCCUCCUGUCUCUCUCCUCUGCUCCCUCCUGUCUCUCUCCUCUACUCCCUCCUGUCUCUCUCCUCUACUCCCUCCUGUCUCUCUCCUCUGCUCCCUCCUGUCUCUCUCCUCUGCUCCCUCCUGUCUGUCUCCUCUGCUCCCUCCUGUCUCUCUCCUAUUCUCCCUCCUGUCUCUCUCCUCUGCUCCCUCCUGUCUCUCUCCUCUGCUCCCUCCUGUCUCUCUCCUCUGCUCCCUCCUGUCUCUCUCCUCUGCUCCCUCCUGUCUCUCUCCUCUGCUCCCUCCUGUCUCUCUCCUCUGCUCCCUCCUGUCUCUCUCCUCUGCUCCGCCUCUGUUCUCUGUUUUAUAUUCCAGACUUUCUUUUCAAUUGGUAAUAAUGAAAAAACGUUUAAAUAAAUGAAAAAACUGCUGUGUGUGUUUGUAGGUCGAUGGAGGCUGAUGAACCAGCGGUGUACCUGGAGGAUGAGCCUGCCCUUCCUGAGUCUGCCCAGGUCCAGAUAGGGCUGAAGUAAGAGUACACACACACACACACAUUAAACUACACAAUGUCUAUUACUCCAUCCUACACUGCUGUCGGACAAAUGAAAGAUUGUGUUGUUGUUUACAGAUAUGAUGCUGCCAACUCCAGUUUUGUCAUGGUGAUCAUGCAGCUGCAAAACCCUGCUGCCCUGUCAGUCCCCUCCACUACCAGAGUGUGAGUAUUCAUCCAUGCAUUAAUUCUUCCAUUCACUCAUUCAUCAAUGUAUUCAUUCAUUCAUUCCUUCUUUCCUUUCAUUCAUUCGUAUAUCCGUGUGUACUAACUAGACUCUGUCAGUAUUGAGUUUACACAGACAGCAUCGCGGUAUGUUACAGACAAUGUUGACUUUGAGAGUGCUGCUGUGCUCACCCUGUCAGUGUUGAGUUGACUUGGCACCUGGAGGUGUUAGGGUUGUUCUGGGGACGUGUGUCAAUGUUGAAUCUAGAGAGCUUAAUACUGGGCUGGUGUGAUGUCCUCUCUCUCUCUCACACACACACACACACACACACACACACAGUCUUGUACAGCUAACCUUGUGGGGACACACAAUUCAGUCCCAUUCAAAAUCCUAUUUUCCUUAAACCCUAAACCUAACCCUAACCCGUACUCUUACCAUAACCCUAAUCGUAACCUUAACCCAAAAACCUAACCCUGAACCUUAGCUCCUAACCCUAACCCAUAACGUAAUUCUAACCCUAAACCCCACAGAAAUAGCAUUUGACCUCCAAUUUUUGUUAGUUUACUAUUCUUGUGGGGACUUCUGUUCCCCACAAGAAUAGUUAAACACGUCCACACACACACACACUCUCUCUCUCUCUCUGUCUCUGUCUCUCGCUCUCUCUCGCUCUCUCUCAGAGAGAAGUAUGAGACUGAAUGGGAGGAGAGGCGGGACAGCCUCAAACACACACCUCUCUGUGAAACACAAACUCUCUCUCACACACGCUGCAUCCAAAUACUACCACUGCACCGUCGAGAGCAUCCUGACUCAACUCUGGACUUCGAAGCCAGUUCCACUGCAUUUUUCAUUGUUCCCCUUUAAUCAGGGACUGAUUUAGACCUGGGACACCAGGUGUUUUGCAAUUAAUUAUUAGGUAGAACAGAAAACCAGCAGGCUCCGGACCUCGAAGGGUAAGAGUUGAAUAUCCCUAGUGUAUACCAUAUGUAUCCCGUACAUACGACUAAAUAAAGCUUGAAACACACACACACACACUUGCCCUUACAUCACACAGGUGUGUCUUGUCUACUCUCUGCAGGGGUGGGUGGGCUCUGUCGUUGUAUUAUUUAUUGAGACCCCUCGCGGCUAUCUCUCCCGCCAGCAGACCCUUUUCGUGUUUCUUUUAUGGCCGACAGAAAUGAAAAAUGAAGUUAAUCCAUCCUCUCAUGUUCCCAGGCUUGAAAAGACAUUCGUGUCCAAUCGAACAGCGGGGAAACGCCUUUGAAUCCCUCACACAACAUUCAGCUGAAAUAUGUCCCAAAAAAUAUGAUAAAACUUAGCAGGGGGUAGCUAGGCGUUUUAAGUCUUUGUUUUUUUUCUUCUUUUUUUUCUUUUCUUUUUUCUUUCUUCAACCAAACUUCCUUCAUGUUAUUAUCAUUCAACUCAUUUGAGUGAAAAUUUGGGCUCCUUUGUAGUUUGUGAAAUAUGCAUAUUUGGAUGAGUCUGCUAUAUGGGGGUUUGUUUGUGGGUGAGAGGAGAGGAGUCUUGCAGAGAGGGUUUUUCUGGGAAGUGUUUGAGUCAGUGUUAACUGGAGUAGAGAAAUCCUCAAAGAUUGUUGAAGCCUCUGGCCAGAAGCUACAGAACAGCAGGCAGAAAGAGAUGAGAAAACGCCCCAGAACAUAUCUCAAUAACACAAGACACCAGAGUUAACCAGCCUUUAUCCCAAACACUCCCCAGGCCACAUGAACUUUUACAACCUACUGCCUCUGUCUCCACAUAAACUCUGAGUUUAGGAAUAUUAUGUUGUUAUUGGACGACAUGACCUCAACAUUUAUAUGUCUUCUUCUGGAACUCGAAGUUGCUUAUGAAAAUGUCUCGUUUUCUGCUGAAAGCCUGAAGCACAUGUUAAAUCUAGAAUUGGGUUCCUAUUUCGCAACAAAGCCUCCUUCACUCAUGCUGCCAAACAUGCCCUCGUUAAACGGACUAUCCUACCGAUCCUUGACUUCGGCGAUGUCAUUUACAAAAUAGCCUCCAACACUCUACUCAGCAAAUUGGAUUUAGUCUAUCACAGUGCCAUCCGUUUUGUCACCAAAGCCCCAUAUACUACCCACCACUGUGACCUGUACGCUCUUGUUGGCUGGUCCUCACUACAUAUUAAUCGCCAAACCCACUGGCUCCAGGUCAUCUAUAAAUCACUGCUAGGCAAAUCCCCGCCUUAUCUUAGCUCAUUGGUCACCAUAGCAACACCCACCUGUAGUAUGCGCUCCAGCAGGUAUAUCUCACUGGUCAUCCCCAAAGCCAACACCUCCUUUGGCCGCCAUUCCUUCCAGUUCUCUGCUGCCAAUGACUGGAACGAACUGCAAAAAUCUCUGAAGCUGGAGACUCUUAUCUCCCUCACUAACUUUAAGCAUCAGUUGUCAGAGCACCUUACCAAUCACUGCACCUGUACACAGCCCAUCUGAAAUUAGCCCACCCAACUACCUCAUCCCCAUAUUGUUAUUUAUUUUGCUCAUUUGCACCCCAGUAUCUCUAUUUGCACAUCAUCUCUUGCACAUCUAUCAUUCCAGUGUUAAUACUAAAUUGUCAUUAUUUUGCACUAUGGCCUAUGUAUUGCCUUACCUCCAUAACCUGAUACAUUUGCACACACUGUAUAUAUAUUUUCUGUUGUAUUUUUGACUUUAUGUUUUGUUUACUCCAUAUGUAACUCUGUGUUGUUGUUUUUUAUCGCACUGCUUUGCUUUAUCUUGGCCAGGUCGCAGUUGUAAAUGAGAACUUGUUCUCAACUGGUUUACCAGGUUAAAUAAAGGUGAACAAAAAAAAAAAUAUGUAUUUGUAUAACUCUCUUUUCUCUCUUCCUCCCCACCCUCCCCCAACAGAUACAUCCGGGUGGCGCUCCUCCCGUCUUCCAGUGACAUCAGCAGUCUGUUCAGGACCCGUGUGGUGCCCGUGGCGCUGCCUGACAGCGUGACGUUCAACGAGGUGUUCAGGGCGGCCGCGCCGCACAGCGUCCUCCGGCACAAGACGCUCCGCAUCGACGCCUGCACCGUGGGCCCCGGACGCACCGAGGACUGCCUGGUACAUACACAAUGCACAGCACAAACACACUUACCAACAGCCUUUGUUGCACCUACCAACACUCAGUUAACUAAAUACAGAUAUCGAGCUAAUACUACACCCCCACUGUAGAAUUACCGCACAACAACAUAUUGCUUGCUUAUAACAACGUCAACCAUUACUACUGGGACAGGGCAAAGGAUGUGACCAGAGAUGGGCGGACGAACUGACAGACACUUUCUCACAAACACUAUUUUUGUCAUUAUCUUUCUCCUGUCACCCCCCCUCCCUCUCUCUCUCUCUCUCUCUCUCUCUCACUCACUCUCACUAGGCUGGAGCCCAUGUGAGUCUGGCAGAGCUGCCAGUGAGUGGGGAUAUGACCAGUGUGUGGUACAACCUGUUGACCAGUGAGAGGACCAGAGAGACAGAGGAGGCCAGCCAGGAGAGACCCGGCCCUGGGCCAGAGCAGCACACUGCAGGACCCGUAGAUAUGGUGAGUCCUCCUCCACCACUUCAGACCACUUGACUCUGCCUGUCUCAGUCUAUAUGUUUCUGGAUAUGUCCACUUCACUUUGAUUGGAGAUCAGUUGGAAUUCACUGCUGCAUGCAGGUUAUAUUAUACAGAACAUGCAUUAUAUUCUAAUGAAGGAGAAAUGACUAGUGGAGGCCUCAAUCUACGCAGUCACCAAUAGCUGUAUCAACCGCAGAUGGCAGCACACGAAAGUCAAAUGGAAAGUUAUAAAAUGUAAAUGAUUGUGUUUUUUUGUUGUUGUAAUUUUACACCUUUUUCUCCCCAAUUUCGUGAUAUCCAAUUGGUAGUACGAUCUUGUCUUUUCGCUGCAACUCCCCAAUGGGCUCGGGAGAAGCGAAGGUCGAGUAAUGCAUCCUCCGAAACAUGACCCGCAAAGCCGGUCUGCUUCUUAACACACUGCUCGCUAAACCCUGAAGCCUGACGACCGAAGUCAGCUUGCAGGCGCCCAGCCCGCCACAAGGAGUCGCUAGAGCACGAUAAGCAAAGGAAAGCCCCCCGGCCAAACCCUCCCCUAACCCGGGCGACGCUGAGCCAAUUGUGCGCCGACCUAUGGGGCUCCCGGGUCACGGCCGGGAUCGAACACCAGGCUGUAGUGGCGCCUCGUCAUAUAUUGUGUUGUGUGUAUGUUGUCAGGACGCGGUGUCGGCCCUGCUGCAGAGGACCUCCAGUGAGUUGGAGGCAGUGGAACAAGAGCUGGCCUUGGAGGAGAAGGAGAGAGUGAGCCAGAUGGACAUGGACGGACACCAAUGGUACUGACACACUGUCCCUCACAACCUACUCUUUACUACCAUUACAAACAACAUUAGUCUCAAUACACACACAUAUCACAGGUGGAGAGGCAGAGCCAACUGGACAUGGACAGAGACCAAUGGUACUGACACGCACAGAUGACACUUUAUAACCAUUACAAACACCUUUUGACUUGGUGGGAGAUCUGUCGACGUGCCCUUGGGUAGGGUGCUUGACCCUGGUUGCUCCUGUGGGUUGCUCUGGACGGGAGACGUUUAGAUGACUGAAUGUGAUGUAAAUGUUGAGCGGCUUCACUGCUGGUAGAUUGUAUGUUUUAAAAUCAAUUAAUUCAAGACAUACACACAACAUGGCUACAUCAACAUUUUACUCAAACAUACCCCCUGGGUGAUAUUUUUCUCACUGUGAGCAAACACACCGUAACAUUUUUAAUAGACAGGUUGUAUUGCAUGUAACAAUAUGGCUGACCCCUGACCUCUCCUCUCAUGACAGGUUAAGCAUGCUGGGAGAGGACAGCGCUCAACUGGUCCUCGGACUGGAGGAGGAGGAAGAGGAGGAGGAAGAGGAGAGGAAAGAUUCUGUCAAGGCAGAGAAGAGGUUUGCUGGAUCUGGGCAGGCGUAUGGAGGAGAAGAGCGGGAGGAGUGUCGAGAAGAGCCAGCCAGAGAGGAAGAGGAGGAGAGGAGAUGUAAAGAGAGACUCCCUCAGGCAAAUGAAGGACCAACGCUGGUAAGCCGCGUGUGCUCUGACACACACACACACACACACACACACACACACACACACACACACACACCCGGCUGAAUGGAGAAAUCUAGCCUCGAGAGGUGUGUUUAAUGUGGAACCCAGAGCCCUUUAGAUCUAGACACACACACAUACAGUGAACCCAUUUUCUUGCCUUAGUUGCAUGUCUCUGUAGCUGUAGUAUACUCUAACCUUGUCCAGGUGGAUGCAGAGACGAACACAGAGAUGUGUGGUGUGGCGGUGAGGCCUAAAGACAGACCCAGUCUGGGACCAGGACCACGCAGCGCUCAGAGAGGCUUCGUACGGAACAGUAUGAUCAUGAGAUCUCAAACCUUCUCCCCCGGGGAGCGCAACCAGUACAUCUGCAGGGUGAGUGGGUUGUAUACACACACACACACACAUAUACACACGCCCACUGAAAUGUGUAAAUACUGCAUGAAUUUAGCCCUGACAAUAUUCACAUCUACAGCACACAGAGAGGGAAACAGUUCUUAGGACUCCAGUUGAAACCCCAGUUGGAACCCCAGUUGAAACCCCAGUUGGAACCCCAGUUGGAACCCCAGUUGGAACCCCAGUUGGAACCCCAGUUGAAACCCCAGUUGAAACCCCAGUUGGAACCCCAGUUGGAACCCCAGUUGGAACCCCAGUUGGAACCCCAGUUGGAACCCCAGUUGGAACCCCAGUUGGAACCCCAGUUGGAACCCCAGUUGGAACCCCAGUUGAAACCCCAGUUGAAACCCCAGUUGGAACCCCAGUUGGAACCCCAGUUGGAACCCAGUUGUGCAUGUAUCUCUAAAGUCAUGGAUAUAGAGGCAGCAGUGCCACUUUGUGGUUGAGACAUGGGGUGUCUGUUGGAAGAUGCCCAGGGGGUUGACUGCUCAAAUCAGACAGUCUGACACUAACACUACAGUAUCCUUCCUCUGUUGUAGAAUAAAAAUCGAUUUCCUGGGCGUUAAAAUGGCAACCGUGCCAAAUCCAGGGUCGGGUCGCACUUCAGAUAGAGGUGUCAUUUUUUAAAUACACGCUCACACACAGAAACACACACACACUCACACACCCCCAAUCCCAGACCAAAUACCAAACUACCACAGAGCUUUCACAGACUAACACUAGUGGAUGUUCCUGUUUCCCAUUCUUCCCUCUCUCUCUCUCCUUCUUCUUCCAGUUGAACCGGAGUGAUAGCGACAGCUCCACAUUAUCCAAAAAGUGCCCUUUUGUCCGGAACACCUCGGAGAGACGCAGCCUAAGGGUUAAGAGGGUGAGUAGAACAUUUAUCUCUUUAUCUUGCAUCCAGUUUCAGUUAACUUAAUGGUAGUGAUUUUGUCAAUAAAGGGGGACAUUUCCAUCAGGCAAAAGAGCACAGAUCUGUGCAAGAAAUACAAUGAAACUCGUUAUAACCUGAAGAGCAAUGCUGAGAAUGUUCUUCAACUAUGUGCAAUAUAAGGAAGCAACUAUUUAUGCAUUGCUCUUUCAUUCUCUCUCCCCCCUCCCUCAGACCUUGUGCCAGCCGGUGGUGGUGCGGAGGCGUGGUGGAGCCGGAGAGACCAACAGCCGGACCUCCCUGGACUUGGAGCUGGCCCUCCAGGCGUCGCGGACCCGUCAGAGCCGUCUGAACGACGAGCUCCAGGCCCUGAGGGACCUGAAGGCCCACCUGGAGGCCCUGAAGGCCCGGGGAGAGACGGAGCUGCCUGGAUCCGUGCUGCACGACCAGAGGUUUCACAGACUGCUGGAGCAGGCCGAGAGACAGGUAAGUGGCUGGAUAGACAUAUGAUAUAUACAGUAUGCACAUGCAUACACAUGGCUAAUUUCCUAGGCCAAGGCCACUCGACAUCACAAUGUUUUGGAAUGGUUUAAAUGGCACUCGGAUGGUUGGUGUAAGGGUACCCUGUACCCCCUUAUAUCCCUUCAGGCACUCUACCAUGCCAUGAUGCCAUCAGCCACUCUCACUAAUAGCAGCUAACGGCAGUUAAUGCCAGCCCUCUGGCCCCAGGUUUUCUCUCAGGCUUGAUUAGGCACUGAAGAGACUUAAUGGCUGUAUAAUCUGGUGCCGUUUGCUUUCACCUGAAGUGACCCUUUAAAAAGAAAUAAAACGUUGCCCAGGUCACAACUUGAAUUUGGCAUAAAGAAUGAAACAUUCAUUUGCAGAAUACACAUCAGUCGGAAGACACUGUAUCCUGCAUUUCAGAGGAACUGAAGGAAAAUACUUUCUUGCUCUCACUUUUAUGGAAUUCUCUCUCUCGAUUAAAUCAGUCUCUCUCAUUCAAUGAACACUUCCUCUGUCUCCGUCCCAGGCGGAGCAGUCUAAGGAGCAGCAGCGUCAGGAGCAGCGGGCUGAGAAGCUGAUGAGAAGGGCCUCCAAAGACGUGUGUCGGCUAAGAGAGCAGAGCCAGAAGGUCCCCCUGCAGGUCCAGUCUUUCAGGUGAGACAGACAGACAGACGGACGGACGGACGGACGGACGGACGGACGUCCGUCCAUUCGUCCAUUCGUACAGCCCCUAUGCCUUUAGGGACAGCUAUUUGACCAUAGGGUGUGAACUGUUUGUAUCUUGUCUCGCCAUCUUGGAUAACUGACCCUACUGGUCAUAUAAGCCGUGUUUAUACCUGCCGUUAACAUGCAUCCUUCGUCCUGAUCUUGUCUGUUUACAUUUAUAAGAUCUGAUCACAAUUAGAUCACAAUAUGUCAAAAAAUGUGGGCAUAUUCAGAAGAUAAUGUAAGAAGCAGGUAUAAACAGGGCUGUAGUCUCUGAACUUGUUAUGCUCCAUCCUGAUAGGCCUUGAUGGUCAGGUUACUGUAUAAGCACUUUGUGACAACUGCUGAUGUAAAAAGGGUUUUAUAAAUACAUUUGAUGGAUUGAUACCCAUUUCUUCUCUCUGCAGGGAGAAGAUGGCCUACUUCACACGAGCUAAGAUCAAUAUACCAUCCCUACCGGCUGAUGAUGUAUGAAUACAUAGUGAAACAAUGAAGUAUUUUAAUAGUGUAGUUACUUUGAAUGAAAACAAUCUAAUAGUUUGUACACUAUAGUUUAUGCAUUUGUAUAAUAAGUUGUAAUUGAAUACUAUCUUGUAAAAAAAAAAGAACCAAAAUAAUGGCUUUCUUAUAUCAGGAGAAACCCAAAAUAGAGUUGUUUUGGUACUUGUAUUCUGCUCGUGAUUUUUCUGUACAGUUUUAUAAUGUGUGUUGGAGAGUGGUGUGUGUGGGGGGGAGGAGAGUGUGUGUGUGUGUGUGUGUGUGUGUGUGAGAAUGUGUGUUUGUCACCCUCUGGUGUCCUGUGGUGGAACUGCACCACAGGGCAGGGUGCGGGGUAGAUUGAGAGUCUCAGUCCCAAAUCAACCCCUAUCCCCUACACUCUUAUGGAGAUCUAACAGGAUUGGAUAGGUGUAAGUCAUAUGGUAAUAACGCCACUUUGCCUUCUGCUAGUAUUUCUUACAUCCAUCCAAUCUUCUCUGAUCUCCACAGGUGUAUCGUGGGUAGGGGCUAGGGGUUGAUUUGGUAUUGGGCAUCAGUGUUAGCUAAGUGUGUGUGAGAGAGAGAAGGUGACCUACUACAGUAUAUCAUAUAUAAUGUCUUCUGUCCAAAGCUGGUGCUCUGCAAUUUUUUUCUCUCUCAUUCAGAACAAAACAAACAUAA